AUGAAAACAUUAACCUUAUUUUUAAGAAUUACUACAUUCCAUCUUUUAAUUUGGAUGUAUCAAUGUUUUUAUAACUGUUAUUCUUAUAAAACAUGGAUUGAUGAAAAUAUAUUGCAAACAAAAAAUGAGUUAAAAUAUGAAAGAAUAUUAACAGAGGGUAACACAGAAGAAAAAAAGCAAACUAACGCUGAAGGGUGCCUAAAAGAACGUCCAUUAGAUAAUGAAAAAAACAAAAGGGAAAAUCCGGUUCAAAACGAGAAUCCGUGCGAUCGAUGGCAGAGAAAAACUAAUCCGUUAUUGAGGAAAAUAUUUGAUAAAGAUACCAGUAAAAUGGACCCUAAAUGGAGAGAACAAAAAUGGAAUAAUGAAUGGAAUAAAAUUUCAGCUAACAAGCUUAAUGAACUAUCUUCAAUAUUUCAUCGAAGUGAUAUAUCAGAAGAAGAAAAAAAAAAAUUAAUUCGUAAUGUUAAGGAUGAACUCGACACAGAAUUUGCGAAAUUUUUAGUUGAAUGUAAGAAAGAGAUGAGUGACAAUAAAGCAGAAUCCAAAUCUAAGAAAGAGAUGAUAGACAAUAAAACAGAAUCUGAAUCUAGGAUAGAGAUGACAGACAAUAUAACUGAAUCAGAAUCUAUUAAAGGGAUGAUACAAAAUAAAACAGAAUCUGAAUAUAAUAUAGAGAUUACAGACAAUAAAUCAAAAUCCGCAUCUAUGAAAGAGAUGACAGACAAUAAAACUGAAUCCGAAUCUAUGAAAAUGAUGAUAGACAAUAAAACAGAAUCUGAAUCUAAGAUAGAGAUGACAGACAAUAAAACAGAAUCUGAAUCUAAGAUAGAGAUGACAGACAAUAAAAAAGAAGCUAAAUCUAGGAUAGAGAUGACAGACAAUAAAACUGAAUCAGAAUCUAUUAAAGGGAUGAUAGAAAAUAAAACAGAAUCUGAAUCUAAGAUAGAGAUGACAGACAAUAAAACAGAAUCUGUAUCUAGGAUUGAGAUGACAGACAAUAAAACUGAAUCCGAAUCUAAGAAUGAGAAGGGAAAAAAUAAAAUAAAAAAUAAGAAAUCAAAUAUUUUGAAAUUUCUUUUUAAGAGGUUUGAUAACCAUUAA